UUUAUUACAUACUCUGAAUAUUAAAUGGUUUGCAUUAUCAUCCUCAUCUUCAUCAUUCUCUCUCAUCCUCAAACAGAUCACUCUCUCUCUCUCUCUAAAACAGUUUCCUGCAAAUUCUGUUAAUGGCGUCAACUGAACCACCACAACCUGUCAAACACAAGACUUGUGUGUUAAGAGUUUCUAUACACUGUGAAGGUUGCAAGCGUAAGGUCAACAAAAUCCUUCAAUCUGUUCCAGGAGUUCAUGAUAUUGUAAUUGAGAGACAAAAUCAGCGAGUUGUUGUCACCGGAGACGUGACGCCGGAAAGUUUACUCCGAAAAUUAGUGAAAUCUGGUAAGCAUGCGGAGUUAUGGCCGGAAAAUCCACAAAAUCUAAGUCGGAGAACUGAAAAAGUGUCCGGUAAUGAAGAAACUGUUGUCUCCAGUAAGGAAAUCAAGCAGCCGGUGACUAAAACGGAAACUCCGGCUGUAGAAAUAGCCGUCUCCGACAAGGAAAUCAAACCUCCGGCUACUAAAACGGAAGUUCCGGUAGUAGCUUCUUCCAGAUCUAGCGAUCCUGUGGUACAAUCCGGUGUAGCUCCGGUUGAUAAUAGUGGCCGGAAAGUUGAAGAAUUUGGCGGGAAAGUGGCCGGAGAGAAAAAAGUUGAAGAGAAGAAAACGGAGAGCGGAUCGGCGAGUGACUCAGCUGCUCCUCCGGUGGUGGAAAAACAGACCGGAGACGACGGCGCUGCCGUAGGCGGUGGUGAAGAAAAGAAAAAGAAGAAAAAGAAAAAGGAAAAGGAAGGGCAAAAGAGUAAUUUAAACAGUAUCGGAGAAGCAUCAUCAAGUGCACCACCACAGCAAACUAAAAUAAGAUCAUCUAAUCAGAGUCCUCCACGUCAGCACGGGUAUAAAUAUCUGGAACCGUAUCAUCACGGGCCGCCACCUGCUCCGGUGUACACGGUGAGCUACAACACGGCGCAUCCUCCGGUGAACAGCUAUACGGCGUCGUAUUAUGCAGCUGCGCCACCGCAAUCGUAUGCGUAUUCGCAUUAUGGUUCGGCGAUGGCGCCGCCGCCACCGUUGAGUGUACCGUCGGAUUACUAUGAGUCGUAUGCGCAACAACAAGGGGAUUCGUUUGAGAUGUUUAGUGAUGAAAAUCCAAAUGGGUGUUAUGUUAUGUGAUUAUUAUGUUGGUUGUGUAUACUACUUGUAUGACAUGGAUCAAUUUUUGGAAUUACCAAAUUAGUUAAUGUAUAAAUAUAAUAGAGUAAAUUAUGAUGUUA